GCGCGCUGACCCCAGCCCCGGCCGGCGCCGGAGCAGGAGCCGCAGCGGAGCCGAGCGGACCUCGGCGCCCUCGCUGCGCUCCUCCCGACCCCAGCCGGCCCUACCCGGUGGUGGCGGCGGCGCGUCCUCCAGCGGCGGCAGCGGCGCUCGCAGCGCCGGGAUUUGCAGCGGCUGUGCUCUGAUAUAAUAGAGCUGCUAGGACCAACGCCGUCCCCCACCCCGCAGCCUCCUCUCCCCUGACUCUCAGCAGCCUUGAAUCCUGGUCUGGGUCGGCAAAGGCCUCGGCAGGAGGAAGAGGAGGAGGCCUGCCGGCAUCAGACCAAUGCUGGAAGGGGUGUGAGGAGAGGAACCGCCACCCAUCUCCGAGCUGCCAGACCCGGAAGGAGUAUGGAGCUGGAGUGAAGUGGAGGGCCACGGGCUGCUGACAGGCACGUGGGUCACUGGUGGCUCACGGAUCACUGAGGCUGGACAACGUUCAUGGCUCUCGGGUAGAACCCAGCGAAACGGCCAGAAUGAAUUCUAUGGACAGGCACAUCCAGCAGACCAAUGACCGCCUGCAGUGCAUCAAGCAGCACUUACAGAAUCCCGCCAACUUCCACAAUGCCGCCACAGAGCUGCUGGACUGGUGUGGAGACCCGCGAGCCUUCCAGCGGCCCUUCGAGCAGAGCCUGAUGGGCUGUUUGACAGUGGUCAGUCGGGUGGCAGCCCAACAAGGGUUCGACCUGGACCUCGGCUACAGACUGCUGGCUGUGUGCGCUGCAAACCGGGACAAGUUCACUCCAAAGUCUGCCGCCCUGCUGUCCUCCUGGUGUGAGGAGCUCGGCCGCCUGCUGCUGCUCCGACAUCAGAAGAGCCGCCAGAACGACCCCCCUGGGAAACUCCCCAUGCAGCCCCCCCUCAACUCCAUGAGCUCCAUGAAACCCACUCUGUCGCACAGUGAUGGGUCGUUCCCCUAUGACUCUGUCCCUUGGCAGCAGAACACCAACCAGCCUCCCGGCUCCCUCUCCGUGGUCACCACGGUUUGGGGAGUGACCAACACAUCCCAGAGCCAGGUCCUCGGGAACCCUAUGGCCAAUGCCAGCAACCCCAUGAAUCCAGGCGGCAACCCCAUGGCCUCGGGCAUGACCACCAGCAACCCCGGCCUCAGCUCCCCGCAGUUCGCUGGGCAGCAGCAGCAGUUCUCGGCCAAGGCCGGCCCCGCUCAGCCCUACAUCCAGCAGAAUAUGUAUGGCCGGCCCAACUACCCCGGCAGCGGGGGCUUCGGGGCCAGUUACCCUGGCGGUCCUAAUGCUCCCGCAGGCAUGGGCAUCCCUCCGCACACCAGGCCACCUGCUGACUUCACUCAGCCGGCAGCCGCUGCCGCAGCAGCUGCAGUGGCGGCGGCAGCAGCCACAGCCACAGCCACAGCCACAGCCACUGUGGCAGCCUUGCAGGAGACGCAGAACAAGGAUAUAAACCAGUAUGGACCGGUCUGUUCCUCUUUCCAGAUGGGUCCCACCCAGGCGUAUAACAGCCAGUUCAUGAACCAGCCCGGGCCGCGGGGGCCUGCCUCCAUGGGGGCCGGCAUGAACCCUGCAAGCAUGGCGGCUGGCAUGACGCCCUCGGGGAUGAGUGGCCCGCCCAUGGGCAUGAGCCAGCCCCGGCCGCCCGGCAUCAGCCCCUUCGGCACACACGGGCAGCGGAUGCCCCAGCAGACCUACCCGGGCCCCCGGCCCCAGUCCCUUCCCAUUCAGAGCAUAAAGAGGCCCUACCCUGGAGAGCCCAACUAUGGAAACCAGCAAUAUGGACCAAACAGCCAGUUCCCCACCCAGCCAGGCCAGUACCCCACCCCCAAUCCCCCGAGGCCACUCACCUCUCCCAACUACCCCGGGCAAAGGAUGCCAAGCCAGCCGAGCACCGGGCAGUACCCACCACCCACGGUCAACAUGGGACAGUAUUACAAGCCAGAACAGUUUAAUGGACAAAAUAACACCUUCUCGGGAAGCAGCUACAGUAACUACAGCCAAGGAAACGUCACUAGGCCUCCCAGGCCGGUUCCUGUGGCAAAUUACCCUCACUCACCUGUUCCAGGGAAUCCCACACCUCCCAUGACCCCUGGGAGCAGCAUCCCCCCUUACCUAUCUCCCAGCCAAGACGUCAAGCCACCCUUCCCGCCUGACAUCAAACCAAAUAUGAGCACUCUGCCGCCACCCCCAGCCAACCACAGCGACGAGCUGCGGCUCACGUUCCCCGUGCGGGACGGUGUGGUGCUGGAGCCAUUCCGCCUAGAGCACAACCUGGCUGUCAGCAACCACGUGUUUCACCUGCGACCCACGGUUCACCAGACGCUGAUGUGGAGGUCUGACCUGGAGCUGCAGUUCAAGUGCUACCACCAUGAGGACAGGCAGAUGAACACCAACUGGCCGGCCUCGGUGCAGGUCAGCGUGAACGCCACGCCCCUCACCAUCGAGCGCGGCGACAACAAGACCUCACACAAGCCCCUGCACCUGAAGCACGUGUGCCAGCCGGGCCGCAACACCAUCCAGAUCACCGUCACAGCCUGCUGCUGCUCCCACCUCUUCGUGCUGCAGCUGGUGCACCGGCCGUCCGUCCGCUCCGUGCUGCAAGGCCUCCUCAAGAAGCGCCUCCUGCCCGCAGAGCACUGUAUCACGAAAAUCAAGCGGAACUUCAGCAGUGUGGCUGCCUCGUCAGGCAACACAACCCUCAACGGGGAGGACGGCGUGGAGCAGACGGCUAUCAAGGUGUCUCUGAAAUGCCCCAUCACAUUCCGGCGCAUCCAGCUCCCUGCCCGAGGCCACGAUUGCAAACACGUCCAGUGCUUUGACCUGGAGUCAUACCUGCAGCUGAAUUGUGAGAGAGGGACCUGGAGGUGUCCUGUGUGCAAUAAAACCGCUCUGCUGGAGGGCCUAGAGGUGGAUCAGUACAUGUGGGGGAUCCUGAAUGCCAUCCAACACUCCGAGUUUGAAGAGGUCACCAUCGACCCCACGUGCAGCUGGCGGCCAGUGCCCAUCAAGUCGGACCUACACAUUAAGGAUGACCCCGACGGCAUCCCCUCCAAGCGUUUCAAGACCAUGAGUCCCAGCCAGAUGAUCAUGCCCAAUGUCAUGGAGAUGAUCGCAGCCCUGGGCCCCGGCCCAUCCCCCUACCCGCUCCCACCUCCACCUGGGGGCACCAACUCCAGUGACUACAGCAGCCAAGGCAACAACUACCAGGGCCAUGGCAACUUUGACUUCCCCCACGGAAACCCAGGUGGGACGUCCAUGAACGACUUCAUGCAUGGGCCCCCCCAGCUCUCCCACCCCCCAGACAUGCCCAACAACAUGGCAGCCCUCGAGAAGCCCCUCAGUCACCCCAUGCAGGAAACUAUGCCACACGCUGGCAGCUCUGACCAGCCCCAUCCCUCCAUACAACAAGGUUUGCACGUACCACACCCCAGCAGCCAGUCAGGGCCUCCAUUACAUCACAGUGGGGCUCCUCCUCCUCCUCCUUCCCAGCCUCCCCGGCCGCCGCCACAGGCCGCUCCCAGCAGCCAUCCACACAGCGACCUGACCUUUAACCCCUCCUCAGCCUUAGAGGGUCAGGCCGGAGCGCAGGGAGCGUCCGACAUGCCGGAGCCUUCGCUGGAUCUCCUCCCGGAACUCACAAAUCCUGAUGAGCUCCUCUCAUACCUGGACCCCCCUGACCUGCCGAGCAAUAGUAAUGAUGACCUCCUGUCUCUAUUUGAGAACAACUGAACGCCACCCUCCGUCGGGGCCAUCCCUCCCACUCUGCCUCCUGCCCUACUGCCCCACACACUUUUCCACCAGGGAGCCUGUGCCCUCAGACCACCCCUCACCUGGAACCCCAGGCUCAGGGGGUAGGAAGCCUUCCCCUGCUGCAGCCUUCUCAGAGCAGAGGGGGCAGGGAGGGGGCCUGCGUCCCGCUCGUGCACUCUGGGCUUGGGCCCAGGCUCAGAACAGGCCCUGAAGACGACCCUCCUGAGGGGAAUGGCCCAGUGAGAGGGCACGCACUGUUGGUGGCUCCCGGUCCCUCCGCGUAUGUUGAUUCCAGACAGCCUUCCAGUGCCCCCAAGGUUCUUCCAUUUUCUAAACUGUAGCCCUGCCUCCUGCCGAGAGCCUCCUUCAAGUGACUGUGGAGCCUGAGAGAGGGCCCCCUCAAACCCAGGUGGGCCCCAAACCUUGGAGGAGCAGUGGCAGUUGGUGGUGGUGAAGCCCGCCUGCCCACCACCCACCACAGAAAAGCACAAACCUCUGGGAGAGAACAUCUCUUGGUCCAAGGGUCGCCAUUUUGACCCUUGACCUCUAAACCAAGAUACCCUGUUAAUGCUCUCUCGGAAAGCAGAGGAAAAGGACAAGAUCCUGUGUUUGAGAGAGGGUAUGCCAUUCCCUCUGGGAGACUGGUGGAAAGAGGGGGUCAGGGCCUCCCAGAGCCAGGACGACACCUCGGAUGGCUCUGCAACCUUCAGGCUCAGACCAGGGCCCAGCCUUGACGGCAGCAAGAGAAGAGCACGAGCGUGCGCCCAGCCAAGAUGAUCGUGCCCUCAGUAGGGGCAGGGGGUGCCGGGCCGAGUCGAACAGGAGCAGCAACUUACAGCUGCUCCAAGCCACUCCCUGUUUUUAAACAACAAUUUAAAGCUAUGAAGUCACGUGGAGAAAAGGAACGUUGCACUCGGACAGCAAGGAAACCAUUUCUCUCCAUGUGUCUGUUCCUUCCUCGUGCUCCCUUCUGCCUCUCCAAGACUGUUCCAUGGGACACCCGCUUCCCUCUGUGUCCUGGUUCUUGUGUGUCCAGCCAGACAGGCAGGGGGCACUUGGAAGGGGGUGGGGUGCUCAGCAGCAGGAGCCAAGGGCUGCCAUGUGUCCAGUCUCUGUCUGUCCUUGUGCUCAAGGCUGUGCCGGCUGGCUGCAACCCAGGCUUUCACCACACGUGCCAGGACGUGCUUGCAGGCACCACGUGGUGUUUCUUUGGCUGCCUCCCCUACCCUCUGGGUCCCCACCAGCAAAAGCUCCUCCCACACUCCUGCCUCACCCAAGCAAAAGCAGCCUCUGGCCCCGCUCCACUGCUUCACUCCAUCUAGCUUAGUGCUCCCCAGGGUCUUCCUAGGAGCUUGUGCGUCUGUUUCGUUUGAGGCCCAUCUCUGCCCCCCUAAGCCGCAUGGCCUGUGGUGAUGCUGGGUUGUCUGCUCACUUGGGUCCCGUCUAAGUCCUUUGCGCCCUUCCCUGCUGCUGCCCGGCACCCUGGCCUGCUCUCUCGUCCACAUCGGUGAUCUCUAUGGCAGUCUCUCUCCCCGUCUCCCCUUUGGUGGGUGGUCCCCAGCACUCCUGUGUGGAUUUUACCAGAAAGGUGGCCCCUGCUGUUGACUUCCAGCCAUUGUACCAGAUGGCACAAGGUUUUCUGUAGGAAAGCUGCCAUUCCUCCCCACCCUUUUUUUUCCUUUGUCCUGUUGUCAAGUUUUUUGCGAACAGUGUGUUGUUCAGUAUGCAAAUCAAUUAUUUUAAUGAAUCGCUUUUGUAAAUAUCUUUGUGAAUAUUUUAGUAUCGUCUUUGAUAAUAUUCAACAUUUUCAUGACCUGGUUAUAGCCUUUGCUGGUGUUUUUAAAAUACCUUGACUCAACAACAAAGACCGAAUCCUUUUUUUUAAAAAACAAAAACAAAAAAAAGCAACCAGGGCUAUUUGUACAGAUGAAGGGACAAACUGUAUGGGUGGCUGUACUGGAAGUUGGAAGACCAGGCAGCUCACUGUAGAGCCGUCCCCCAGUCGGCUGGGGGUGACAAGACAAUGCCAGGUAGCAUGUGAGCUGUCCUCACACAGUGCCUGUUGCCUCGCAGGCGGCCACGCUCUGUGUCGGACCAUCUGGGAACGUUUAGCUCCAGACAGACUUACGAUGCCUUCCUUAGGAGUUCCUGCUUCCUGCCAUGAUAUUUUGCCCAGAAAGGCCUGGGAUCUACUGUGGUUCUUAUCAGGGAGUGCCCAGACUCUGCUCACAGGCUACACACAGCUUUCUAAUACAUGGGGUCUCGAUGCUCCCUGCGGCCCAGGAUCCUCCCCCAGCCAUCUCUGGGCUCAGUACCUGAGGCUGGUUUCCUGGGUUCCCUCCCAAGCAAGCCUCCACCAGCAAGUUCAAAGAGCUUUCCUUCCAGCUGGCCCUGAACCGUGGUGCCUGAAGCCCACACUCUGGGGACGUCCUUCUAGAGUGAUUUUGGAGCCAGGCCAGGGUGUGAGGGCGAUACAAAGGCAUCCAGGGCAGGAGCAAGCCCCACAUAGUGACAGAUGCACGUAAAGGCAAUAUCCUUAAGCAGGGGCCGUCCUGAGCUCUGGAAAGUUAACUUCCCUGCUCCUUUGAGAUGACUAUUUGGAGCCAUAAGUAACCUCAGCAAAAACGAGGCCUCCAAGCCACUUUUACGUGACAAGCAUCCACGCAGCCCAUAGGCAUGUCUCUGCUGCCACUCCACAAGACGGACAGGGAGCCACCGGGCAGGUGGGAAGGGCCAGGUACAGGCAAUCACCCCCGUCUUCUUGGUUUGAAGCUUUAUCCAUGUCUCAUGUUCCCUGUAGCCAUUUUAUUCUUUAAGAAACUUCUAAUACUUUCUCCCUAAUGGAAGCCCUAACCCUCCCACAGAGAGCUACAGGUCUGCCCCCGACGGGCCUCGGGCCUGACCCGUCCAGACAGGGUAGUGCCAGCAGCAGCAACUCAAGGGACAUGUGUACAUAUGUAAAUGAGAAAUAGAGACAUGUCACCAGAUGCAUUCAUUUCUCUCGGAAUGUGUAUUGUUUUUAUUUUAUGAAACGACAAAAAAAAAAAAAAAAAGGCUUGGAACUCCAUCUUACGUGGAAAAACUAGAUUGUUUGUUAGCGUUUGUGAGUUCCCCACAUUUGUCUCACUCAUGUAAUAUACUCUGACCCUGUGUGGAAAGGAAUUUUUGUUCUGUUUUGUUUUUAUUUUACCUACAUGUACUAUUUAGCUUCAGUGUACUAGUCCUGCCACCUGUGUAUUUUUAGGGUGCUAUGGAAAUAAUGAAAAGAAAUGGGGAUUUCAGAAGAAAAUUGUAACCAGAUUCAUACUUUGUAUAAUUUUUGAUAUCAUGAUCGCAGGUGAUCCACGUGCACACGCACACACGCCCACGUGCAGCCUGAGUAACCCACAGGAACCGUCAUCGUCUUCGUACAUCGUACGCACGAUGCAAUCAUUUCAUACUUUCAACUGGUCAGACAACUCAUUGUGAUUUCUAGUCUUGCAAAGCUGUAUGUAGUCAGAUGAUGUGACAACCUCUAAUAUUUAUCUAAUAAAUAUGUAUUCAGAUGAAACCUGUAUAUUAGGUGUCCAUGUGGUUAUUUUGUAUUUAAAGAUCAAAUUAUUUGACUAUUGCUAGACAUUUCUAUACUCUGUUGUAACACUGAGGUAUCUCAU